AUGGUACAUAAAGAAUUCGGUGAUAUCUUUAAAAGAUUUAUAUAAAUUCCUAUUUUGAAAAAUACAUAUGCAGAACACUUUUAUUAAGCAUUUUAAUUUUUACCAGGACAUGUUUUAGAAAGAAAUUCUAAUCAUUUAGUUUUGAGAUACAAAGUUCCUUAAGAGAUUAUGAAUAUGAAUGGAUCUGUUCAUGGUGGAGCCUUAGCAACAAUUCUUGAUUGUGCAACAACUAUAGCAAUAUUGAGAGGAGAUAAAAAUUUAUCUAGAACUGUCAGGUAAUAUUAAUAUUGAAUAUAGUAUUGAAUUAGGAUUUUCAUUUAUCAGUCCCGCAAAGUUAAAUGAUUCACUUCUUGUAAUGAAAAUAAUUAUAAUUUUUAUAUAAGAUGAUGUAAUUUUAAAAAUGAAAUAGAAAUAAUAAAUAAAAUAAGAAUUAAUUAGAGUAUACAUGCAGUCUGUCAAAAAGUAGGAAAGAAUGUUGCAUAUUCUAUUUGUGAUAUAUAUGAAGAAUAAGGAAUGAAAUUAGUGACAACAGGAAG